AUGUCCAAGAACCAAGAAGAUGAAAUAGAGUGGCCUGCCUCUGAGUCUAACCCUCCAGCACACCCAUACCUGUCCUCACUAGUGUCUUGUAAGGUUGGAUGUGAUUCGUGGACAAACACAUCAAUAGCAGAAUGCUCAAGAACAUGUAAUGAAAGUUUUACAGCCAACUCCACAGUGAAAGUAGCACCAUGUUCUACAGGCUGCACAUUCGCACAAGACGUCUAUGUUGAGAGAAUAAAAGCUGGCCUGAACCCCCCCUCCCCACCCUACCUCCCCAGUAGUGACCUGGUAUCCAAUGACUCGGUAGUGCUACAGUGGACAGCAGCUAACAGCAGUCUGGUUACUUACCUGGUACAGUGGAGAUUCGACCAGGGCAACUCUGACUGGAGGUUCUACCAGUCAGCACAGCCCCUCCAGGAGCCCAACAUUACAGUGUCGGGCCUCCAUGCCUACACAACCUACAGGUUCAGAGUUCUGUGGCUCCUCACACCUGAUGAAUUCAUCCCAUCUCUGCAGAGCCAAGCCAUACAGACCCUGCCUUUUGGAGCCCCCUCGAGUCCACCAAUCAUCACCCAGAUCACCAGCCCCACCAAGCGCUCCGUUUACGUCGCCUGGAACCCCCCACAAUUCCCAAACCGCCCUCUCGUGGCCUACAACCUCAUCCUGACCAACCUGGACCAGAACUCGGCCCUUCCCGUCUACAAGGACUUGCCUGCGACGCAGCGUUACUACCAGUUUUCUCGCAACGUGCGACCGAACACGACGUACAGCGUAGAAGUGCGGGCACAGAAUAGUGAAGGGAUGGGGCCGGCCGCUGUGGCGAAUGUUACAACACUGGCUACAAACCCUGAGUCUGACUCUGUGUACCCAGUUCUCCUGAUGGGAACAAACCACCACAUCCUGAGGGUGGAUCUGGACGGGGGAGACGACUACUUCGAUGAAACCGAGGAUGACAAACUGUUCGAGUCUGCCAACGACAGCGUCAGCAUUAUAGGUGUUGCGUCCCACGUGAGAAGACAGCAGGUGUACUACAGCGACACGGCAGGUACCAUCGGCCGCGUUUCCAUGGUGAACUCCAGCGACACGGCCGUCAUUCUGACAGGUGUCAAUCAUCUGUCCUACCUGUCUGUGGACUGGCUACACGACAGGCUGUACUACGUCUCAGGUAAGGUUUAUGAAUAG